AUGUCCAUGUCGAAUGAUGACCGUAUUUCAGGGACGGAGUGGUUCGAUCGGAUGACGAAGCGGCGUUUAGCGGUCACAGUCGUCGUGAAAGACCUCCUCGCUGAAGGGUUUCGUUCAUGGAUUGGAGCAAGGCCAUUUCCCACUGAUAUCUCCGGAUGCCAGGCAUAUUUGGUGAAAACACAAUCGAUGGUCAUUCGACGUGCUGUGAAAGCUCCUCGUUUCGUCUCAUGUCUCAACUCCGGCACCGGCACCAUCCGCGAGGCGCUUGGCUGCCAAGUCGAAGGUCAUCAUGGAAGAGGAAGAGGACGUCGUCGGCCAUCCAGAGCUGCCAAAGAAAGACCACGACGAGAUGCCAGUCAUCUACAUCCCCUUCGAGAAGCUGUGUCCCGCGCCGAUGCUAUGAGGGGUGGUGCUCUUCGUCGACUUCUGGGGAUGCGGAAGCGACAGGAGCGGGAUCAUCGCUGUUGGUUGUGGGUGGAAAGAAGGGCUGGCGGUGGGUGGGCCAUCGUCGCUGCUCAAAAAGCAUCGGAAUGUUGCAUUCGGUCGGUAGCGAUCGUGGUGUAUGACCCCUCAGAUCGUUGA